GUCCAAGCUAUAAUUUCCCUCCCUUCCCUCGUUUUCUGCUCUCCCCCUUUUUGACCCUCCUCCCUCUGCGCCUCCCCUCCAACCCAAAAUCCCAGAUCCCAAAUCCCCUAAGCCCUAGCCUCCACGGCCCCUCGGUCCGCCGAUCCCCCGCCGGUGGCCACCCCGACCCCUCGAUCUUGCCUCCGAUCCGCCGCACCCUCCGGUCCCCUUCUUGAAUCGAGGGUCUUGACCUCGGAUUUCGCCUCCACCACCAAUCUUUGUACUGCGAGGUCGGCAGUCGUUUCGCGGUCUUUCGUCGCCCGCGGCGGGCUCGAUGUCUGGCGGCCGGCCAGCGGGGAACCGGUCGGUGCAGCAGCGGGCCGGGCAGAUCUUCCCGCCGCUGAAGCGCCAUCCGCUGUUCCCCUUGGCGAAGCCGCCGUUCGUGGCACCUGAUGAAUACCAUCGGUUCUCCGCCGCUGACGGCCGCCGGAUCACCCCCGACGAUGUCUCUGAUGCCCUAGUUAUUAAGACACCCUUGAAGAGAAAGCCUGAACAAGAAGACAAUGAAGCUGCUGAAUCAAGUGAGUGGACAAACAGCCCUGGAUAUGCUGAGGCAGUUACCAGUCCUCUCCUUACACCGGUAUCAGGAAGAGGAGGUAGGAACCAUGGCAGGUCCAAGGUUGCAAAGUACAGUAAAUCUGGACCUCUGACACCCUUGUCAAAUGCUGGUUCUCCAUCCAGCAAUCCUCUCACUCCAGUUGGUACUUGCCGUUAUGACAGCUCUCUAGGACUCUUAACAAAAAAGUUUAUCAAUUUACUUAAGCAUGCACAGGAUGGCAUCCUUGAUCUGAAUAAAGCUGCUGAAACACUGGAGGUCCAAAAGAGAAGGAUAUAUGACAUCACAAAUGUCCUUGAAGGGAUUGGACUGAUAGAAAAGAAACUUAAGAACAGAAUCCGUUGGAAGGGACUAGAUGACUUAAGGCCAGGAGUGCUUGAUGAUGAUGUUUCAAAUUUACAGGCAGAAGUUCAAAAUCUUACCUUGCAGGAGCGCAGCCUAGAUGAUCAUAUAAGUGAAAUGCGAGAAAAACUAAAAGUGCUUACUGAAGAUGAAAAUAAUCAAAAGUGGCUCUAUGUGACUGAAGAUGACAUCAAAGGUCUGCCCUGCUUUCAGAAUGAGACAUUGAUAGCAAUUAAAGCUCCCCAUGGUACUACCCUAGAAGUUCCGGAUCCUGAUGAGGCUGGUGAAUAUCCUAAUAGGAGAUACAGAAUUGUCCUAAGAAGUACGAUGGGUCCAAUUGAUGUUUACCUUGUUAGUCAAUAUGAGGAGAAGUUUGAGGAGAUGAGUGGUGUCGAGACACCCACAAGGCUCCCACCUGCAUCGAAUUCAGGUUCUGUUGAGAACUCCACAAUGGAAGUGGUUACAGAAGAGAAUAGGGGGAAGGAAAUGGCGCCUGAUGUUCAAGACUGUCAGAGGAUGGACUCAGAUCCAAAUGCCUCACAUGAUUUUGUUGGUGGGAUGAUGAAGAUUGUUCCUUCAGAUGUUGAUACCGAUGCCGACUAUUGGCUUCUAUCAGAUGCUGGAGUUAGCAUUACAGAUAUGUGGAAGACAGCACCUGAAGUUCAAUGGGAUGCAAUGGGCAGAUUUAAUCCAGAGGAUUUCAUUGCAAGCAACGCUAGCACUCCUCGGCCAGAAACUCCUCCAUCUGGUGUUAUCGAUGCCCCUUCCAGUACAAAUUCCACUCAGCGAUGAAAGUGAGAUUGAGGAAGUGAAUUCAGGAACUCAGGUUGGUACCUUUUUCCUCUGAUGCAAUCAUGUUCGUCAAGGUCUAUGUCACUGCAAUGACCUUCGAAAUGGGAACGAUCAUAAUCUGGGUGGCCGACCUGAUGGUUACCGGAGAUGCUGUUUCCAAGAGAAAGCUGUCAGUGGCCUUAAAGGAACAGCUGCGGUCCAUAUGUACAGUUGAGUAAUAUGUCUUAUUACAUAGUCCAGGCAUGAAUCAUAAUCUUCCCUUCUCUAGAGCCUUUUUGCAUGCCCCAACAUAUCAACUAAUCUCGUGGCGAUAGGUUUACAUGAGGCAGACAUCAGAACCAUGUUUAACUUCCUAUGUUGUUUAUUACAUUCCAUACAUAUACAAGACGCGAUGGUACUUUUUUUGGUGCAUAAAUCUUCUCAAGGGUAAAGUUUGGUAGCCCAUUUGUAAGCUGGCAUCAUCCUCAUGAUGAAUGACCGACCAACCAUACUUGCUGAAUAUGGUGAUCAAACAUACUUUGCAUAUAAUGAUACUUUUAGAGAUGCAUGCUUUCUGGACA